UAAUUACGCGCCCGGAAUUGGCGGCGUUUUGUAGGGACUUGAGCACCUGAGUGCAUGUUUACAACAGAAAAAAGUGCCCUUAGUGUGGACCGGGGCUGGGGGAGAGCAAGGUGAAUGUGCCGUUUUGAAACCUAAGGACGAGAAACGCUGCCUCGCUGUCCCCAGAGAAGCGCGGUCCGUGGCCCGCGGCGCGGCCGCCCCAGGACCGUCCGGAGGGAACAUGGCGGCGCCCGGCGUCCGGAGCCGCAGCCUCGCGGGCCUGCUCCCCGCUCAGACCUCGCUGGAGUACGCCCUGCUCGACGCCGUCACCCAGGAGGAGAAGAGCAGCCUGGUCUACCAGUAUCUGCAGAAGGUGGACGGCUGGGAGCAGGACCUGUCAGUGCCCGAGUUUCCGGAAGGGUUAGAAUGGCUGAACACGGAGGGUCCUAUUUCUGUUUACAAGGACCUGGGCGGAAAAGUGGUCAUCCUGGAUUUCUUCACCUACUGCUGCAUAAACUGCAUUCACCUACUGCCUGAUCUCCAUGCCUUAGAACACACCUACUCGGAUAAAGAUGGUCUUCUGAUUGUUGGUGUUCACUCGGCUAAGUUUCCAAAUGAAAAAGUCCUGGAUAACAUUAAGAGUGCUGUUCUUCGAUAUGACAUCACCCACCCUGUGGUUAACGAUGCAGAUGCCUGCCUUUGGCAAGAACUGGAGGUGUCCUGCUGGCCAACUGUGGUCAUUCUUGGACCCCGUGGAAACAUGUUGUUUUCGUUGAUUGGAGAGGGACACAAAGAGAAAUUGUUUUUGUAUACUUCAAUAGCUUUAAAGUAUUACAAAGACAGGGGACAGAUCAGAGCUAAUAAAAUUGGAAUAAAACUCUAUAAAGAUUCUUUGCCACCUUCACCAUUGCUGUUUCCUGGCAAAGUAACAGUAGACCAUCUUUCUAAGAGAUUGGUAAUAGCAGACACUGGACAUCAUAGAAUUUUGGUCGUCUCGAAGAAUGGACAAAUUCAGUACAGCAUUGGAGGACCCAAUCCUGGAAGAAAAGAUGGAAUAUUUUCAGAGUCAACUUUUAAUUCACCACAGGGUGUAGCCAUAAUGAACAAUAUCAUAUAUGUGGCAGAUACUGAAAACCACCUUAUAAGAAAGAUUGACCUAGAAACUGAGACGGUGAGCACUGUAGCUGGCAUUGGUAUUCAAGGUACAGAUAAAGAAGGUGGAGCUAAAGGAGAGCAACAGCCCAUUAGUUCCCCAUGGGAUGUAAUUUUGGGAUCAUCAGGUUCAGAGGUCCAAAGAGAUGACAUUCUGUGGAUAGCCAUGGCAGGGACUCAUCAGAUAUGGGCACUCCUACUGGACUGUGGCCGACUACCAAAGAAAAAUGACUUAAAGAAAGGAACCUGCCUUCGGUUUGCUGGAAGUGGAAAUGAAGAAAAUCGAAAUAAUGCAUAUCCUCACAAGGCAGGUUUUGCCCAACCUUCAGGUCUCUCUCUGGCCUCCGAAGAUCCCUGGAGCUGUCUGUUUGUAGCUGAUAGUGAGAGCAGCACUGUGAGAACCGUUUCACUGAAAGACGGAGCAGUGAAGCACCUUGUAGGAGGAGAAAGAGAUCCCAUGAACUUAUUUGCUUUUGGUGAUGUUGAUGGAGUAGGAAUCAGUGCAAAGCUUCAGCACCCCCUUGGAGUAACGUGGGACAAGAAGAGGAAUUUACUUUAUGUGGCAGACUCAUACAAUCACAAGAUUAAAGUUGUGGAUCCAAAAACAAAACAGUGUACAACAUUAGCAGGAACUGGAGAUGCAAGUAAUGUCAGUUCCAGUUUCACCGAGUCGACCUUUAAUGAACCAGGAGGCCUGUGUAUUGGAGAAAAUGGCGAGUUACUAUAUGUAGCAGACACAAAUAAUCAUCAGAUUAAAGUGAUGGAUUUAGAAACAAAAACGAUUUCUGUGCUCCCGGUCUUAGGCUCUGGAAAUGCUGUGGUAGAUGGCCCGUUCCUAGUAGAAAAAGUAGAAAAACAGACAGUACCCAAACUACCGAAAUCAGCUCCAGCCGUUCAACUCCCCCCCGUGGCUGCGUCUCCGGGACAGACUCUGCAGUUCCAGCUGAGAUUAGACCUCCCGUCAGGAACAAAGCUCACUGAAGGGGCACCCAGUUGCUGGUUUCUAACAGCCGAAGGCAAUGAAUGGCUUCUUCAAGGACAGGUGCCAUCUGGCGAAAUAGAGAGCAUCGCCAAUCAACCAACGAUCUCACUGCAGAUUCCUGGGAAUUGCUUGUCACCUGAAGCUGUUCUGUCUGUCAGCGUGUUUCUUUAUUACUGCAGCGCAGACAGCAGUGCCUGUAUGAUGAAGGGAGUUUUGUUCAGUCAGCCUUUACAGAUAAGCGAUGCACAGCAAGGCUGCACAGCUCCAGUAGAGCUCAAGUACGCGUUUUAGCCAGCAAGCUAGCAACCGGUCUCCACAGCCGUCUGUUCUCCAUUCUCACUGUCACUGUCACUUAUGACAAGAAACUUCACUCCUGCCUCUGGAUACCAAGAAACCCACUGCUCAGUUCUAGCAGCUGAUAGUCAAGUACAGCUAUGCUCCUUAUUUAAUUAUUUAUUAUAAGCAAAUUCCUUCGUUCUGGCUGUACCAAAUAAGUCACUGGCGGUUGUCUGAACUAUGUUGUUGUAAUCUAUGCUGCUAUUUGACACAUGACUUAAGUCCACACUUAUAGUAUAGAAUAUUAUCAUGAGAUAAUUUGCAGUGCUUGCUGAUAACAAUGGUAUCAAAUAUUUUAACUAACUUUUUCUAUCUUUGUUAAUAGCGAGCAGCACACUUGAAUGUGUAAUUUCACAAUAACUUUAAAGAGUACCCGAGAUCCAGACCACAUGUUCGUAUAAGGACACCUGACAUUCAGGGCAUAAGGUCUGUUCUAAGCCUCUCCCUCCCCCCAAAAUCUUUCCUCAGAGUAGAAGCUUAGAGGACCUGGGUGGUAAAUGUGUUCUUCGUUCUCUUCUGUGGUUUUCUCAGUUGAAAUACAUUGAAAAGAGCAUUUCUAUUUUUAUUAUGUUACUUGCUCUUCUAACUUACCAUUGUUAAUGCCUUAUAACUCUAUACAGAAAAGUCUCUAAGGACAUACAGACUCACUCCCUUAACCGUGUCCUGAAUGAACAGCCUUACCAGGUAAUGAAUGAGUCCUCAGAAAUAGGACUUUCAAGGAGAAAGGAUUUAGAGUCACAUUCCUGUGAUAUUUUUUAAUGAUAAAGAAUUGUGACAGAUGAAUCAUGGUCUCUGUGUUUUAGAAAUUCACAUUUCAUGUGUAGGCAUUAAAUGCAGAUUUGUUGGGUUCCAGGAUUUUCAGGUCCCAUAUUCAGAAUUUAAGUUAACGAUCAUUUAUUGUGAUAUUUUUUAAAAUUAAUUCUAAGCCUUCAAAGUGAAUUCCAUGUAAUGCACUUUCAUGCUAUUAAUAUGUAUAGUAUAUAUCCUAAUAUGUUACUCUUUAAAAUAUUAAGGUUGAAACAUACAGGGAUUUGAUAACACUUGGGUUUUUUUUUAACCCCAAAAGAUAUGAAAGUUUUUUUUUAAUCAUAAUUUCUCUUUAUAACUAUUUAAAAGCCUAUCCUUAUUUUUACUAAAACUGAUUCAACAGGUUUGUGGUUUAAUCAACUUACAAGUUUUUUUUUAAAUCAGAUGAACCACAUUCAAUAAAUAUUUAUGGACAGUAUCCCUUUCCCCCUUCAAAAACAGUGCUAAAAUUUGAAAUAGAAUCUUUUAAGCACCACCAUCUAUCUAUUUUCUUAUAUUUUUUUGAAAUAUAAUUGAACAUCCUACCUCUCUUUAUUCAGGUUACCUACAUCUCUGCAGUAAUGAAAUGCACAGAUCAGGACUUGGACUUCAUUUGUAACCUGCUAGUGCUAUUUAAAGAGAGGUAGAAAUGUAAAGAAUUCUGUUUAAAAUUAUAUGUAUUUACCUCAUAAACCUUUCCUCAAAAUAAAAAAACAAAGAAGUUAUAUAAUAAAAGGCAAAUAGGCCGUGGCCAUUUUUUAAUACCAUUUGAUUAUGAUACUUCUCAUUGCCAGUUGGAUAGGAUGAGAAUAUUUUUACUUUAUCUUUUCCUAUUUAAGGAUAUAAACAUUUUCACUCUCUAAAAUAAGUUUAUACAAUUUUAACUUGAUAAUCCAGAUAUAUCUGCUAAUAAUUUUUUAACAUUGUACACAAAUUGUAUUGUAUGUAUUUUCAUGUACAUUAAAAACCCAAAAAUAUUUGUUUAGACAGUGUUUUAGGUUAGUAUUUGACUUUCAAAGUACAGUUUUAAUGAACAUUCUUAUUCUUACCCAGCCACCAGCCUGCAUUGUUUUUUCACAUUCCAAAUAUUUAUAUGAUUAGAAUUUUUUGCAAAUCAUACUAAAGCAAUAGAAAUAGCUUCCUAGAAUUUGUGACUAACAUAAACCUCUUACAUAGAGGAAGUAUGAGAAGGUUUAUUUUUAAAAAAUUCUUGAUCCUUGUCUGUUUUCUGUUUACUAUAGGAAUGUGCAUAUUUUUAACUUUUGCUUUUCUCCUGCAUAAAUGAUGAUAACCAAUGUAAGUCACCUUAAUCAUGAUGCCAGGGGAGUGGCAUUACACACACUUUGACAUAAUACCUGGAAUCUUUGCCCUUAACUAUUCUACUGGUUUGGCCACUAUUUAUAGCAUUUCACAAAUGGUAGAAUUUUUUUCUGCAUUUAUACUUUAGAUUGAUAUGAUCCCUGAAAAGAGUUUUGCUAAUCUUGAAUAUGCUGUCUCAAGCAAAUAUUUAACAACUAUUCACAGGGGAAAGUUGAUAGUUUAAUCACCCGUAAGUAUAACUUGGGCAAAUUUCAUUGACUAAAAAAAAAUUCUCUCCUUAACUAUUAUAAUAUAUAUUUAGUUAUAGUAUUGUCAGGUUGGAGAAAACUAUAAAUCUUACAGCUACAAAAGGGGUUUAAUAUGUGUGAAUGAGUGUAUGUAUAUGUAUAUAUGUAUGUGUAUAUAAAUACACACACAGAUACAAAGAUCAACUCAGGAAUUUCUCACAUAAGUUUCUCUUAUGGCCAAUAUAUUUUUGAGCUCUAACACCACUGAAAUAAGAUAUUUUCUGCUUGUUUCUCCAUAGUUAAAAAAUUGGGAAAGAUAUUAAUACUAUUGCUGUAAUAUAAUAAUUGUCUGCUUAUACAAAAGUUACCCUUAGUUUAUAUCUGCCAAUUAAAAAAUGUUCAAUCUAACCACUAUAUUGGCAUCAUAGUUAAGAAUCAUCAUCAAAAAUCAACAAAAUUCUUCCCUGGCUGGUUUGGUUCAGUGGAUAGAGCGUCGGCCUGUGGACUCAAGG